AUGCCAACCGAAGAGCCAGAAACCUCUCCAUCUUCCCCCCAUACACCAAACCCAGAAUCAUCGCCGGCAUUACCAUUGAUUCAGCGCACAGAAAAGUCGCCCACCCCUACAGCAUCCCUCGAUGAAGCCAAACUACCGGGAUCCUGUGCCCUCCGCCUCGAAAACCUUGAAGCUCAAUCCUCCCAAGGAAAAAAAGAGCCCAUGCAGUCAAUCGCUCAAGAUAUCUGCACAACGUUUACCUGCAUAGCCAAAUACGCGGAAGCAGGAAAAUUAGAAGCCCAACACACAAACGUGAUCGAUGACGUGAUCAAAAUGAUCCGCGACACAGAUAUUAAAACCCGCCACCGACUGGAGAAGCAGGAGCGGCGAUUGCGAAGAGAGCGCGAUUGGCUACGAAUGAAACAUAUCAAGGUAAUUCGGGAGAUCAAUGAGAUGUCGGGGGUGUACCAGAAGAAAAUGCGAGACUUGAGAGACAAAGUGCGCGAUUUGAAUCGUGAGGUUCAGCAGUUAAGGGCGGAGAGGGGAUUGUUGAUGGCAAAGAUGCGUGCUGAUGCUGUCGAUCAAGAUGCAGAUGCAGAUGUUGAUGAGAAGUUUGAAGUUGAUACACAGAGAGUUUGA